AUGGAAUGGGUCGGUGUUGGACGUGCUUUGUUUGGCUUUUAUGUUGGUGCUGACUUCAGGUUGUACGCUUUAUCCAUGAUGAAUGCAUCCAAAGCCAAAGCCAGUAAAACAAAAAAUAAUAAAAAUCCGUCCUGUUGCAUAUAUGCAAUUUACGCUAAUCUGAAGGAGUAUUUUGGUAACUUGAGGAGCUACAAGCGAUUGUGUUACCAAUACACCAAGGUGAGUCGAUAG